CUAGCCGGUGUCGCAAUCGCGGGGCCGCAGCUGCGAGCAGCACCGGGACCUUUGCUCGCGAGUCGUGUCCGGAGCCGAGUCUCCGGGGGUGGGGACAGCGGGGCCGGCUCUGAGGCUGCCGGGAUUGGGCUGGGGGGCCGGGAGGGCAGCGCAGGGCAGAGGGCCCCCCUGGCCAGGGGCUCCAGCUCCGGGCCAGAGGGACUGCACCGACCCGCCAUCUCAGCAAGGGGGCUCCAGAGGCAUUGGCCAGCAAGGGCACCGGCCCGAGGAUCUGGACAGCUCCUUUGGGGAUGUCCAGGACCUGGAGAGGAGAUGUCCUGGCUGGGGCCUCCCGGGCCUGAUAUCCCUCCCGAUUCCGUGGUGGAGCUGUGGAAGGCUGAGACUCAAGAUGUGGUGGACAGCCUGGGAAAGGCUGGCAGCGACUGCAUCCUUGGGGGGGAAGCCAGGCCUUCCCAUCCCACUGGAGGAGGCUCGGAGAUGGGGCAGGAGGCAGGGCCGGCGUCUGUCCUGUUCUCUUGCUCAGAGGUUCAUCUGGAGCCCACAGAUCGGCGGCCACUGAAGAGGAAAAAGGGGCCAGCUCCCAAGAUGCUGGGGAACGAGGUGUGCAGUGUGUGUGGAGACAAGGCUUCUGGCUUCCACUACAACGUCCUGAGCUGCGAGGGGUGCAAGGGCUUCUUCCGCCGCAGUGUGAUCAAGGGCGCCCACUACACCUGUCACAGCGGCGGUCAGUGCCCCAUGGACACCUACAUGCGCCGGAAGUGCCAGGAAUGCCGCCUACGCAAGUGCCGCCAGGCGGGCAUGCGGGAGCAGUGUGUCCUGUCCGAGGAGCAGAUCCGCCUGAAGAAGCUGAAGCGCCAGGAGGAAGAGCAGGGCCAGGCGUCGGGGCCGCCCCAGCAGGCCCCCUCGCCGCCCCUGGCCCUGCCCCAGCUCAGCCCCGAGCAGCGGGGCAUGAUCGAGCAGCUGGUGGCGGCCCAGCAGCAGUGUAACCAGCGCUCCUUCUCUGACCGCCUGCGGGUCACGCCCUGGCCUCUGGCCCCGGACCCGCAGAGCCGAGAGGCCAGGCAGCAGCGCUUCGCCCACUUCACGGAGCUGGCCAUUGUGUCGGUACAGGAGAUCGUGGACUUUGCCAAACAGCUGCCCGGCUUCCUGCAGCUCAGCAGGGAGGACCAGAUCGCCCUGCUGAAGACCUCCACCAUCGAGGUGAUGCUCCUAGAGACGUCCCGGAGGUACAAUCCUGGCAAUGAGAGCAUUACCUUCCUGAAGGACUUCAGCUACAACCGGGAGGAUUUUGCCAAAGCAGGUGUGUGUCACGGCCGAGGGCGGGAGGGAAGUUGUCCCCCAUCUUCUGCAUGCAACUUGGGCUCUGGGAACUCAGCCCUUCCUUCACCCUGCUGCUGCCCCACAGACAGGCCCAACGUACAGGACCAGCUUCAGGUGGAGAGGCUGCAGCACACGUACGUGGAGGCCCUGCAUGCCUACGUCUCCAUCCACCACCCAAAUGACCCCCUGAUGUUUCCACGGAUACUGAUGAAGCUGGUGAGCCUCCGGACCCUGAGCAGCGUCCACUCGGAGCAAGUGUUUGCCCUCCGCUUGCAGGACAAAAAGCUGCCUCCCCUGCUCUCAGAGAUUUGGGAUGUGCAUGAAUGAGCCUCUUCCUGGCCUCCUGUUGGCUGGGGCACAGGAUGGGCCUUGGCCUCCAUCUGGGCUGCUGCUGAGGGUGGGGGUCUAGCGUGUGGGAAGGUCCCAGAACGAAGAGGAAAGGACAUCUCUUUGGGGUGGCGUAUGGUAGAGAUCCAAAAUGGGGCAUUAAAGGAGAGUCGAAGGGUUGGGCGUUCUCUA